CGGGGCCGGGCCUUUCUGGAUUUGACACGGCUCCAAGCCCAGCCGUCCCACUCACUGCUCGCCUGCAUCCCUUAAAACACAUACAUCGGUCGCUUUUUCUUUGAUCGAUUCAAGUCGGACAAACCAGCGAAGGAUUUCGCAGAGAGAGAGAGAGAGAGAGAGAGAGAGGCGGAUAAAGAUGGGAGGAGGAGGACAUGGACACAGCACGUCCUACAAGGGCGUGACUCUGCAUCAUCCAAAGCGCUGGCAUGUCGUCACUGGAAAGGGCUUGUGUGCUGUUAUGUGGUUUUGGGUUCUAUAUAGGGCUAAGCAAGAUGGUCCUGUAGUCUUGGGUUGGCGACACCCUUGGGAAGGGCAUGGAGAUUCUCACGGGCAUGAGGAAUCCCACUAAAGAGUUGGAAGGAGAAAAAGCAGAGAGCCGUGGGCGGUGGCUGCUGAUGGUGGACAUACUCGUAUGGUUAACAUCAAGGAGGACUUUGUUGACUUCUUUUAUUCAAUAAUGUAUUUGGAGAUUGUGAAAGCGGGGGUUGUUAUGGACAUGAUUUGAUCCUUGUCGACAUGCUCUGUUUUUGCGAAGUUUUAUGUUUUACUCGCUCUGCUGCAUUUACUUUGCCUGCCGCCAUAUAAUAUAUCCUCCUGUUUAUUUAUAUCUCUAUGAGAGCCAUACCCUGGACUGGACUGAAAGGAGACGAUUAGGAAGGAAGCAUUUGGAGGAAGAAAAUUAUAUUAGAUUGGGAAUAUGGAUUCAGUACUUUGUUCGGUUAUUUACUAUGAACUUCUGUUGUCACAAAGAGUGAUAUAAUAUACAGGAGUCAAUUCUUAUA